CUCUCUCACACGGAAAAAAUGGCAGCGGUGGUAUUGCAGGCGGCGCCAGCGUACCGGCGGCACAUUGUUACGUAUGCUCUCGAGGCCAACCACCCAUGGCGCCCCGAGCAUAUGGACAGAGUCCUCCCCCACGAGGUCUCCACAGCUUACGGCACAAGACUCUUCACCAGACUCAUAGAGCGCCUACAGGACCCACAGUUCCCCACGGACAGAUGCGUUGAGGCGCUCCAGACCAUCGCAUGCCGACUCGCAAACCAGGCAACUACGAAGAGCAACAGACAUGCAAUUGCACAAUCACAUAGAUUGCCGUCCUUCUCCUUCACUGCAGGAGGCCAAGUGUCAGGCCAUCAAUGACGGCUUGGUGCCUGUGGUAAUCGCCCUGCUGGCCCACGAGUCGUCUGAGUGGAAGCACCCGCCAUCGGUGCACGAGGAGGCGGCGGUCGUGCUGGGGAAGCUAUGUCUGCUGAGGGAUGGGCGACAGCAGGUGGCAGAGGGUGGGGGCAUACACCUGCUGACCGACCUGCUGCUGGGGAGCCCCAAGGCAUCUGUCCGGUAAGGACAGAAAAGACGGCUGCAUUUUGCAUGACAUCUAUUUGUGUGUGGUCGUUUGCAGUGAGUGUGUUGGUGUUGCUUUCUUCAACCUUGCUUCGGGGCGAGACGGGUGUCAGUACCUCAUACAAGACAGUAAGCUUAACAGCCAGGGAGGCAUGGAUGUCAGUCAAUCUUGUCAUGUCUCGAUGGUGCUAUAUAUCUUCAGCCGAUUCCUUUUCCCUUGCUGCCUUUCUGACGUCUGCUCUGCCCUUUGCCAAUCCCGCAAACCCGCCACAGACAAAGGAGGAACUGGUGAGCUGCACACUCACACACACGUAUGACUUCCAUGCACAUGCACAGGCUCACACAAGCACGCACGCAUUGUGUCUGCCGCAUUCUAUUCCAUGCAGUGUCAAUGGCGAUGCAUUCAUGCCACCGUGCAAGCCCUGGAGAAAGUCACCAACUGGUCGCCUUUCAUCCCACAGCGGAACACGCCAAAGAACGGCAUUUUUCUGUUUUCCGUGUUGUGUGCAAGCAGGUAUUGCGAUGGUGUGCGGUGUGGCGAGGGCACCGGGCUCAUCCCAGCCAUGUGCGGCUUCCUCGAACGGUCUUACAAACACGUGCAGAAGCUCACCCCGGAAGAGCGGACAGCUCAGCUGGCUGACUCCCCCCAUCCAUUUCUCGCGCUGUGCGAAAACCUGCUGGCUGCGUAAGCAUGCACACACACACAAGUGAGAAGAGAGACACGCGUGCACACGUGUCUGUGUCAGAAUUCUGGUUGUAUUGAGUCACCUGGCGCUGCAGCCGGAUGGGCGUAAGGAGCUGAUUGAGCUCAAGGCGGUGAAAAGCAUAUCCACCUUCCUCACUCACCCAAACCCCUCAAUCAGACUGUAGACACAUGAGUCCAUCCAUCCAUCCGUCGGUGAAUGUCCGUCUGUCUGUCUGUACCCCGGUAGAGCGUGUCUCGACGCGUUGAGUUCGAUAUCGCUCGACGUCCAGGGCAAGCACCUUGUCCUCGAAGACCCGCGUGUGCAGCAGGUGGGUACGAAGAAGAUCGGAUCAUUUCUCCAUCAGUCGCCAUAUGUGAAUGUCUCGCAUCAUCAGUGCGGUGUGCCGCUGCUGCUCGACGAGGAUGAGAGGAUCAAACAAAAGGCGGACCAGGUAUGCUGGGGCUUCUUUCUUUAAGAGAUCCGCCGGGUUGAGUGUUGUUGUCCGUCCGUCUGUCAGGUGGUGCAAUCGUCGUCCGAGUUGCCCGCCAACAGGCGCCAGUAUGUUGCCAGGCUCCUUUACGACUUCACCGGCAUGCAGAAGGUGCGUCCAUAUGCGCCUGUCUCCAUGUCUUAUGCACACACUCGUGUCUGUUUGUGUAUGUGUCAGCUCUACGGCACCUCAGUGAUCGUCACACUGGUCGAGUACCUCCGCGAGACAGUCGGCCUGGCGACCAACGCCAUCCCGUCCGAGACGUCACACGCCACACAGAGGUCCGAAGAAGCCUUGCAGCUCAUGGGCGGCGAGGCGCACGAGAGACAGCUGCAAAUCCUCAAGGCACUGCUGCACUUCCUCAGCCAGGACACCAUCACACACGAUGGCAUCACCCUGGUCGGCCACAAGACAGAUACACAAGAAAAGAAGGCGUGAAACGUGUCUUCUGUCUGUGUGUGCGUCUGUGUGCAGGCAUUGGAGAAGACUCCGGCGGCGUGGUCGGUGAAGCACGCGAUGGGGAUUGGCGAGGCGCUGUUUUGGCUGCUUCGCGACGAUGUGGCCGAGGACGUGAGGCGAUACGCCGUCGAAUGCCUGGGGGUCCUCGCCAAAGACAAACAGGUGACACACACAGGGAAAGGGGUGACCAUGCUCAUCGGUCUGUGUUGUCUCUCUGUAUUGUCUAGGCUCGUGAGUCGCUGAUAGCGACUCACCACACGCUGAAGUCGCCCGAGCUGACGGCCGCCCUACUCGCCGCGGCACUGCCCAGUGAGCUGCACCAGGCCCUCGUGGAAGACAAAACACAGACGACACAAGACACCGACCAGCCGGCAGCAAAGCGCAGAGAAACAGGUGGGGGAAGGGGGAAAGGACAAAUAAGUGAUCGAUCAUCGAUAUGUCUCUCCCCUCUCCCUUCGUCUGUCCCGUCUGUCAGCGCCGGCGCCCGUUUCCCUCGCUGCCCCGCUGGCCAAGGGCGUAAGGGACGAGGGGGGUCGGCAGCAGCUGCCUCGGAAGACGCUGGAAGUGAGCGGCUUCCUCAGUGAGAGCAAUUACUGGAAGACAGUGGUGCUCAAAUCGUGAUUAUGAC